AUGGAAGCAAAAGAGAGGACAAAGAGAGAGCUGUCCAACGAGCAGCACUUGGAAGAACGACAGAUGGCAUUUGAAGGAGCGCCACAACAGCAGAUGUUGAGGAGCAAUCAGCAGAUGGAAUUGGAAUGCCAAUGCCAAGAGCAGCAACAGCAACAGCAACAGCAACAAGGAGGAGGAGGAGGAGGAGGAGGAGGGAGAGAAUCACUAGUGCAGCAAGGACUACUGCCUUUGCAGAGUAGUCCCUACCUAAGGUACACCGAUUUGGGGGAUUACAAGCAAAAAGCUUACGGCGCGGACAGAUACCUCCACCCCAAGCUUCGCCAUGACGAUGGCAUUGGGACCGAUGCACCAACGCUCGACGGAACUGACCUCUCUCACAGACAAUCUGCCAACAUCGAUUCUUUUAAUAGAAAAUCAAAAUGA